AUGCCGACUACAAGAAUCUCAAUCAUGGCACGUCUCUCUCCAUGGAAAUACGCUUCAAACCCGCUAACCUACGGAACAGGCUCCGUUGGCACGUAUCCUCGUGCCGUCCAGACGGCUUUCCAGGACUUUCAGUCACAGGCUGAGGGCCGUCCCGACCCGUUCAGCCGGUAUACGCAGCCACGGCUGAUUGACGAAGCGCGCGCCGCGGUGGCAUCGCUGCUCAACGUCCGCACCGACGAGUGCGUGCUGGUCAAGAACGCCACGACCGGUGUCAAUACCGUGCUGCGCAACCUUGAGUUUCAGCCGGGCGACGUGCUCGUCUACUUCGACACGGUCUACGGCGCCGUCGAAAAGGCGCUCGUCUCGCUGCUCGAGACCACCCCGCUGCAGAUCCGCAAGGUCCCGUACCAGUUCCCCAUCAGCCACGAUGAGCUCGUCGCCCGGUUCCUGGCGACCGUCCACGCCGCCAAGGACGAGGGCUUGAACGUCCGCGUCGCCGUCUUCGACACCAUCGUCAGCAUGCCCGGGGUGCGCUUCCCGUUCGAGCGCCUCGUCGCCGCCUGCCGCGCCGAAGGCGUGCUCAGCUGCGUCGACGGCGCCCACGGCAUCGGCCAGAUCCCGCUCGACCUCGGCGCCCUGCAGCCCGACUUCUUCACCAGCAACUGCCACAAGUGGCUGUACGUGCCGCGCGGCUGCGCCGUGCUCUACGUGCCCCGCCGCAACCAGGCCCUCAUCCGCACCACGCUCCCGACCUCCUGGGGCUUCAUCCCGGCGUCCACAUCGCCCGCCACCGCCGCCUCGACCAUGCGCCGCAGCGCCGGCUCCAAGUCCCCCUUCGAGCAGCUCUUCGAGUUAGUCUCCACCACCGACGACACCGCGUACCUGUGUGUGCCCGCCGCGCUGAAGUUCCGCGCCCAGGUCUGCGGCGGCGAGGACCGCAUCUACGCGUACCUGGAGACGCUGGCGCACGAGGCCGGCGACGCCGUCGCCGCCGCGCUCGGGACCGAGGUCCUGCAGGAGCCGGGCCUGAAGGACGGCGAGGUCAGCCAGCUCCGCCGCUGUGCGUUAGCCACGGUGCGUCUGCCUAUUGCGGUGGCUGCGGCUGCGGCUGCCGGGACCGGCGCCCGUGCGACCCUGCUGUCGACGCAGGUCGCCGAGGUCGUCGGCGAUAUGCAGCAGUCGCUGGUGCGCGACUACGGCACUUUUCUGCCGGUGUUUGCGCAUGGCGGGUGGCUGUGGACGAGGCUGAGCGCGCAGGUGUAUCUGGAGAAGAGCGACUUUGAGUGGGUGGGUGGGGUGCUGGAUGAGCUGUGCAACAAGGUUGUGAGGAAGGUUGCCGUCGCGAAGGAGUGA